GGCUGGCAGGGCGCCUAACAUGGCGGAGCUGUGAGGCCCGGGCGAUGCCUGCUCGCGCUCUGCUGAAGGCCGCGGCCUCGCUGCGCGGCUGCGCUACCGGGGCUCUCCCGCCCGCCCCCAUGCUCGGGAAGCAGCCAGUACCCCUGUACCCCCAGCAGGCUGCCGCCAUGGCCACCUUGAACCAGAUGCACCGACAAGGCCGCCCCAAACCCCCUCCUCCCAAGCUGGGAGCCACCUUCGGCCGCCCUCAGAUUAAAGGAGUGGUAAUUAAGAAUUUGAUCCGCAAACCUAAGAAACCCAAUUCGGCUAACCGUAAAUGCGCCCGGGUACGGCUGAGCAACGGGAAGGAGGCAGUGGCCUUCAUCCCCGGCGAGGGCCACAAUCUGCAGGAGCACCACGUCGUGCUGGUCCAGGGCGGCCGCACUCAGGACUUGCCGGGGGUGAAGCUCACCAUCAUUCGUGGCAAGUAUGACUGCGCCCACGUCCAGAAGAAGAAAUAAGGAGAGUGGGAUGAGGACACGGAACCCUCUGUGCGCAUGGAGAUGCUGUGUGUGGGUCUCCCCUCAUACCUACCCACCUUGGGGUGGAGCAGGGACGUGUUGUUAUUUCGCAGCGGCCAUUAAAGGUUGAUGCUGUG